AAGAAUCAUAGUGAAAUUAGCAAAUGAGAAGGCAGCAUGAAACCAACGUGUAAUGAUCAGAAAGAGACCAAACGACAGGAGCGCCAACCGUCACCAACGGUCAAGCUUCUGGCAAAAAUGUACCAACCUCCGAGCUCUCAAGCAAGUCCACGCUUCCAUGGUCGUCAACGGCUUCAAUUCAAACUAUUCUGCUAUCAGAGAACUCAUCUUCGCCGGUGCUAUGGCUAUUUCAGGCACCAUAGAUUAUGCCCACCAACUGUUCGUUCAUGUUGCUGAACCAGAUACGUUCAUGUGGAACACCAUGAUCAGAGGAUCAGCUCAGAGCCAGAACCCAUUAAAUGCGAUUGUUCUGUAUACCCAGAUGGAAAAUCGGCAUGCAAGGCCCGAUAGCUUCACUUUCCCGUUUAUACUCAAGGCCUGCACUAAGCUUUCUUGGGUUAAGAUGGGUAUGGGGAUUCAUGGGAAGGUUGUGAGGUUCGGAUUUGAGUCGAAUACGUUUGUUAGAAAUACCCUUAUUUAUUUCCAUGCUAAUUGUGGGGAUUUGAAGAUUGCAAGAGAACUUUUUGAUGCUUCGGCGAAGAGGGACGUUGUGCCAUGGUCAGCUUUGACAGCAGGAUAUGCAAGAAGGGGGAAGUUGGAUGAGGCCAGGCAACUUUUCGACGAAAUGCCUGUUAAAGAUUUGGUUUCUUGGAAUGUGAUGAUUACAGGGUAUGCAAAGCAAGGGGAGAUGGAGAGUGCAAGGAAGCUCUUUGAUGAGGUUCCGGAAAGAGAUGUGGUGACUUGGAAUGCAAUGAUUGCAGGUUAUGUACUUUGCGGGUCGAAUGAGCAGGCACUGCAGGUGUUCGAGGAGAUGAGGAGUCUUGGAGAAAAGCCUGAUGAAGUGACCAUGUUGAGUCUUUUGUCUGCUUGCACAGAUAUUGGAGAUUUAGAUGUUGGGCAAAAGAUACAUUCUGCCCUUCAGGAGAUGGGUCGGGGAGAUAUGAGCAUCAUACUUGGAAAUGCGCUUAUAGAUAUGUACUCCAAGUGCGGGAGUAUUGAAAGGGCACUUGAAGUGUUCCAGAGGAUGAGGGACAAGGAUGUGACUUCGUGGAAUUCGGUGAUAGGAGGGUUGGCAUUUCAUGGCCAUGCUGAGGAAUCAGUUAAUCUGUUUAAAGAGAUGCGAAGGUUGAAAAUCAGGCCAAAUGAGAUCACGUUUGUUGGAGUCUUGGUUGCUUGCAGUCAUGCUGGGAAGGUUGAAGAGGGGCGCAGAUAUUUCAAUCUCAUGAAGAAUAAGUACAAAAUUGAGCCAAACAUAAAGCAUUAUGGGUGUAUGGUGGAUAUGUUAGGGCGGGCUGGGCUACUAGAUGAAGCAUUUGAAUUCAUAGAAAAAAUGGAGAUUGAACCCAAUGCCAUUGUUUGGAGGACUCUGCUUGGGGCUUGUAGAGUUCAUGGAAAUGUCAAGCUGGGAAGGCGCGCAAAUGAGCGGCUACUUGAAAUGAGAAGGGAUGAGAGUGGGGAUUUCGUGCUGCUAUCAAACAUAUAUGCUUCGCGAGGUGAGUGGCAUGGGGUUGAAGAGGUGAGAAAGCUGAUGGAUGACAGUGGGGUGAAGAAGGAACCUGGCUGUAGCUUAAUUGAAACAGAUAACAGCGAUCUCAUGCAUUUUUUGUAUGAUUCCAGGCCCAAAUCGAUUUAAACACACCACAGAUUCAAGUCUCAGAUUGAUGAGCCAGUGCUCUUAUGUCAUUAUUUUGUCUCUUUAAAUGGUUAAACAUUAAAAAUUGUUAGAAG